AUGUAUGAGCUGAAACAUAAGGAUGAGGAGAGUACAGGGAUGGGAGGAGAAUGUUCCAAAGCAAAGACGGCAGCACAUGCAAAGAUCCUGGGGAAAAUAAGAGUAGGCUAUUUUUAUAAUGGGACCCAAAUUAGUCAUGUCUUCCAUGGUCAAGAUAAUAGAUUUCUGGAAAAUCAUUGCAUGAAGAAAAACACUGAUAGAGAUCCAAGGAAGCAAUUGACCCAGAAGAAUAUGAAUGGACCCAGCCAGAAUCCAGACAAUGGAUUACUGGUCACCCACGUUAACCAGACCCAGGACUUACUGAAGCUGCAGGAAAGCAAGGAUCAGUCUUCAGUUUUGGAAGAAUCUGAAGACUGGCUUUCAACUCACAGUUUAAAGUUUGAGAAACUCACCCUGGCUGACCUGAUCAGUCAGGGCACAGCCAUGCUGGAAGAGAGCUGCAAUGUCACCCAAAAAGUGCGCUUCUGCACUCACACCAUCCACCGUUUUGAAUCAAAGCUUUCUGAAGUUAUUGAACGCUACCAGCAGAGAAUCCAGUGGCUCACAGAAAACAGCAAGAAGGUGUUUGGCUCCAUCAAGGGGGCCAGGGUGGGCAUCCUCCUUGAUGCAUCAGCAUUUGGCAGUGGCCCUCGGAAGGAAGAAUUCCAGAAUGACUUCAUGAGCCUCAUCGAUGAGCAGCUGAGCCUCAAAGAGAAGCUGUAUGUCCUGUCCUUUGGCACCACCAUCAAUCCCCUCUGGCCAGACCCCGUGGAAGUCAGCACCUUCACCCUCCAGGAACUCAAGCUCUGGGUAAAGGAACAGCAGCCUGAGGGAGGCAGCAAUUUACUACAAGCCCUGAAGAAAAUCUUCACACUGAAGGGGCUGGAUUCUCUGGUGAUUAUAAUGGGAAGCUGCCCAGACCAGCCUUCUGAAAUCCUGUCUGACUACAUCCAACAAUCCUCCAUGGGAAGGGACCUCAUCACCCAAGUCAUCACCUACAGAUGCGAUGAUCAGGUCCCCUCUGCUAUCCUGAAGAACCUUGCAGAAGCACUCAGGGGCUACUACCACUGCUACAGCCCAGAGACAGAGCUCUAUACCAGUAGAGACAUGGAUGAGCUCCAGGCAGAAAUCCAGAAGGCCCAGAGCCUCCUGGGCUACAUGCAAGCCCUGCACCAGAGCAACCCUUGUGAGGAACAGGCCUGUGCCGUGAAGGAGAUUUCCCCAGAGCUGGAAAAAGAACCGUUCACAAGUCUUUUGCCUAAACGUACAAGACAUGAUGCUCCUCUCUCAAUUGAGUUCCCAAACUUGGACAAGACUUCUGCAGAGUGGCUAAAAAUCAAUGGCCUAAAAGCCAAGAAAUUAAGUCUUUAUCAGGUUCUGGCACCCAACGCAUUCUCUCCUGUGGAAGGAUUUGUGCCCAUUCUGCAGAAAACAGUAUCAUCAACUAUCCACGAGAAAGCCAUGGUACAGUUUGAAUGGCAUGACGGGACAAUGAAGAAUGUCCACGUGGACCCACCCUUCCUCUACGAGUACCAGAAGCAGCUCAGCGGAGCCCUGCAGCUGUAUGAGAGGAGGAUCGAGUGGCUCUCCCUGGCCAGCAGAAGGAUCUGGGGCACCGUCUGUGAAAAAAGGGUGGUUAUACUGCUGGAUAUCUCUGUGACCAAUUCCAUGUACAUUAUUCAUAUCCAGCACUCCCUGCGGCUGCUGCUAGAGGAGCAAAUGUCCAACAAGGACUGCUUCAACCUCAUCGCGUUUGGGAGCACAAUCGAGAGUUGGAGGCCUGAGAUGGUUCCCCCGAGCCACACCAAUUUGCAAAGCGCCUGGUGGUGGGCCCUGGCCCUGAAGUGCCAAGGCAGCAGGAACGUCCUCAGCGCCCUGCGGAAGGCCGUGGAGGUGGACUUCAAGGACAAAGACAAACAGCAAUCGCAGGGCAUCUACCUCUUCACAGGGGGCAUCCCGGAUCAGGAUGUGUCCAUUCUCAGCGCCUACAUGGCCGAGGCCUGCGGAGGCUGCGACCUCCAGCUGAACGUGUGUCUCUUCUACGUGGGUGAGCCAAGGAUGGACACCACGCCCCCUGCCUGCUACGCCAGCCGCGGGGACACAGCGGCAGCCUACAAGGAGCUCACCCAGGCUGCGGGUGGUCGCUUCCACUGGUUUGGAGACACAGGUGUGUAUGAGAGUGAUGACAUCAGUGCCAUCACUGCUGAGAUACAAAAGGCCUUCAACUACUCCCAAAAGUGUGCCUUACUGGUGGCCUCUCUGAAAAGCCAUUCGGGUAAAGAACUGGAGAGUGCAGCCCUCCCCAAAGAAAAGCCAAAGAUGCUCAAGCAGAGAAGCCAACCCAAGCAAUUCAGUACUCCCGAGCCCGCAGCAGCCCCCUCGGUGGCCAGAAUGAACAUGAAAGAUAACCUGGAUAGAGAGAAGAUCUCCCCCUUAAAAGAGCUGAAAUGGCAUCCACACAGUGGCAGAGUGGGCAUCUCCCCAGCUCAGCCCAUGAAAAAAGAGACAGACUGGAGGAGGAAGCCCAAGUCCAGGGCAUCAGAGCCCACUCUCUCACUAUUCUAUACAGAGACAAGGAACAACGUGGGCUCGAUGUACAAGAAGUAUCCUCAAAGAAGGGCUAUGAAAACCAUCAACUCAUCUAUUGAGUUGCCCAGAAAGGAUACAGUUUGCUCGAGCCAAGAGUGGAUAGCAAAUUAUGGACUGAGAAAACUGAAGCUGGAGCUCUCCAGGUACAUGGGUCCCCACUGUACCCAACAGAAGUUCAUGCAGAGAUCAACAUCGGCCAAACACUGCAGUGUCCUCCCCAGCAUAGAGAUCAAUGGAGUGGUGAAGCACAUUCAGUGGACGCACAGAGAGAUGGAAGCAUACAUCUCAUGCUUAGAGAAGGUGAUGAGGUGCUACGUCCAGAGGCUGCAGUGGCUGCUGUCCGGAAGCCGCCGACUGUUUGGCACCAUCUUGGAGAGCAAAGUGUGUGUCCUGUUGGACACAUCGGGGUCCAUGGGCCCCUACCUGCAGCAGAUGAAGACAGAGCUGAUUCUCCUGAUUUGGGAGCAGCUGCGGAAGCACUGUGUCAGUUUCAACCUGCUCAGUUUUGCAGAGGGCCUACAGCCAUGGCAGGACACUCUGGUGGAGACCACAGAUGCUGCAUGUCACAAGGCUAUGCAGUGGGUGACCCACCUGCAAGCUCACGGGAGUACCUCGGUCUUGCAAGCAUUGAUGAAAGCAUUCAGUUUUCAAGAUGUGCAAGGAUUGUACCUCCUUACCGACGGGAAGCCAGACACAAGCUGCAAUUUUGUUCUGAAUGCUGUCUACAGACUCCAGAAGGAGAGAGACGUGAAGGUGCACACCAUUUCCUUGAACUGCACAGACAGAGCAGCGGUGGGGUUCCUGAGGAAGCUGGCUGCCCUCACUGGGGGACGCUAUCACUGCCCCGUUGGUGAGGACACCCUCUGUGGGAUCCGCGGCCUGCUCACCAGAGGCUUCGUAAAUGAAAAGGAUCCUACCUUGCCACCGUUUGAAGGCGAUGACUUAAGGAAACUGGCUCAGGAAGUCACCAAGGCCAGAGGUUUUCUCAAGCAAGCUCAGGCCCUCAGAUCCCAAUUCCAGAAGAAAAGCAAUAUGGAACCGGAGAUCACUCUUUGUUAGAGAAGGAGUCUCAGCUAUAAGGCUGUCGCUCCCUGGGAAGCCCUGCAUCGAGCCCCCUGCCUGAGAUGACCUUCUCGCCACCCUCUGCCUGCUCAUCCAUCAAGGCAUAGGUCAGAUGACAUCAGCUCCACUGUGGAGGUAUCCCUGGGACCCAUCUAGAGCUGGGAACCUCCAGGCAGAGUUGGAAGCUCCCAGCCACCCUCUGGUAGCAUCCUGGCCAAUGCUGCCUCUUGCUGCACUUAGCACUUCAUGUUGAGGUUCUUUGCUCCAUUAUCUAACUCUUCUCCUCGACUGAGGCUCCCUCAGGAUGAGGCUGGUGUGCUAACCAUCUGUGGGUCCCCAAGCCUGCUACAUGGCAGAGGCAUGGUAAACAGUGAGUAUCCAGCUGAGUGUGGGAGUCCAGUGCUGGAAACCAGCCAGAUGGGCCUGCUUCUCCCAGCGUCUCUGGUGCUUCCCCAAACUCUGGUCACAGGCUGAUGCAGAUUCACUGUUAGUCCAUUUGGGGGGAAGAAGAAACAGUGAGCCUCGGCGAUGUCAUCCCACUCAACCAAACUGACCUGAAGGCUGUUGUGGAACCCAGGCCAGAUCCAAUGCUCUGCUCAAGCUUGAGAAAAUCAGGCUGCGUCUUCUGAGCCCAGCCCCACUCUACACAUAUGAAAUAACUGUCUCAUGUAUUAUUGUCAUCUGGGGUCAUUUUCUAAAAUUAAAAACUUGCUUCUAUUUCA